AUGAACUCUCUUGCCCAACACGCCAGCCAGAUGUUGAGAAUGGAAGACCGCAGCGGCCACCACAAGAGCUCGAACACCACGACCACCACGACCACCAACCUCAACAACCCAAUCGUGCUUCCCUCCUUGUUCCGUCCACAACCGCCGCCGCCGGUGCCCCAAGGUCAGCACGGAGGCCUCUUCCUGCCGCACCUCACGUUGAGCGCCACGGCCGCCGCCGCCGGAGUGGUACCGACCGCGCAGCAGCUCUACGCGGCCCUCCUCGACAUCCAGCUGGCCGCCGCUAGCCACACCCACAGCCACAACAGCUCGUCUUCGUCGUCGACAACGACGACAACGACGACCACCACCUCGUCGGCCAUCCUGCUGCCGCCCGGCGCGCUGUCGUCCCAGCUCGCCGCGCAGCUCUCGCAGGCCGUCGCUUCCUCGUCGCCCAAGUCGUCGCUGUCGGCCGCGAAGCGCAACAUCAACCACGGCCACCGGAGCCUCGCGGGCAAGCUCGGCUGCGGCGCCCGCAAGCACACCACCACCACCUCGCACUCCCCAACCGCCUCGCCGCAAUCGUCGUCGUCGACGCCGAGCUCGAAGCGCGGGAAGAAGACGAGCGGGCGCGUGUGCGCCGAGUGCCGCACGGACAACACGCUCCAGUGGCGCCUGGGUCCCGACGGCCAGGCUUCGCUGUGCAAUGCGUGCGGUCAACGCUUCCAGCGGCGGAAGCAGGCCAUGGCCCAGAACAGCAACAACGGCAACCAGCACCACCACAAGUCCGAGCCGCACUCGCCCGUCACCUCGCCUUCUCCAGCCUCGUCGCCUCCGAGCCACCACCACAUCAAGCGCGAGCCGGUGGCGUCGCCGACACACGCCGGUGGCAGCUGCGGCGAGCGUCGAUCGGACAUAUACUCGCUGCUCAAUUGA